AUGGAUACCGUGCGUGCUGCUGGCGCUGCUGUGCGCCGCGUCUCAAAGCGUCUUCUCAACAAGAAGAGUAAGUAUUCAUCCUCUGUCUAUCCCAGUCCCCUCCCCUGGUAUCCAGUCACAUCUGUGACGCGGAUGUCGCGGUCUCUCAGUUCAAGCUGGAAGAUCACCCCCAUGCCAUGCUCCUCUAUAUCAUACUUCCCCAGUCUCCUGUCCCCAGUCUCAUGCCCCCAUGUCCCCAUGUUCCCAGUUUCAUGUCCCCAGUCUCAUGUCCCCAGUCUCAUGUCCCCAGUCUCAUGUCCCCAGUCUCAUGUCCCCAGUCUCCUGUCCCCAGUCUCAUGUCCCCAGUCUCCUGUCCCCAGUCUCAUGCCCCCAUGUCCCCAUGUUCCCAGUUUCAUGUCCCCAGUCUCAUGUCCCCAGUCUCAUGUCCCCAGUCUCAUGUCCCCAGUCUCAUGUCCCCAGUCUCCUGUCCCCAUGUCCCCAGUCUCCUGUCCCCAUGUCCCCAGUCUCCUGUCCCCAUGUCCCCAGUCUCAUGUCCCCAUGUCCCCAGUCUCAUGUCCCUUGUCCCCUCUCUCACACCCCUCCUCAUGUUGUGACUGA